UCUUGCAUUCUCUGCCUUGCCUCGCUGCUGCGUGCCAAAACAAACGCGGGAGCUGCAGAGAGUUCGUUUGCCGGUACUUUUUUAAUAUUUCAGACUUCAGAAGAAGUUUGAGUCGGCUGUCUAGAUACCAAGCUAAAUAGUUAUUUAUUCACCAUGGCGGCAUCCAUGCCAAUCAACCCCAAACCUUUCCUGAACAGUUUGACUGGAAAACCAGUAAUGGUGAAGCUGAAGUGGGGGCAAGAAUAUAGAGGUUAUCUCGUAUCUGUAGAUGGUUAUAUGAACCUUCAACUGGCCAACACUGAAGAAUUUGUGGAAGGAAACUGUACAGGAACUCUAGGGGAAGUGCUUGUAAGAUGUAAUAAUGUAUUGUACAUCAGAGGUGUCGAAGAAGAGGAAGAGGACGGUGAAAUGAAGGAUUAGAAGGAGGUUAUGUUGACUGGUUCGGGCAGUCUUUAUCACAUACAUUUUUUUUAGUGAUGAUUCCAAGCAAGAAGCACCGAAGUGAAGCUGCAGAUCUUAUGAAGCAUCAUUCAUUUCUUUUCAUUAUCUCAUCCAGAGUUCCAGUUUUUCUAUUCAGUUGGUGUACAUUUGUGUGUUAUUUGUUCACCAAUUUCUCUCAUAUUAUCGGAUCAUUUAUAAUUGUGAACUACUAGAUAUUUCCUUGGUUACUUUGGUUAUUUGCCAUGUUCUGAAUGUGAACAUUCCAAUCACCUUUAUAGGCAAAGCAUUGUUUUUAAUUUAUUUCCAGUUUGUUUCGUAUACUUGUACUCAUUAAAGCUGAAAGGUUCCAGAACUUUGUCGACUUGGUUGUUACUUGAUUUUAUUGCCAUACAUUAGUCAGUACAUCUUAUAUCACUGAUACUACUUAACACACUGUUUAAGUGAAAGAACUAUUAUAACUGUAAUAAAAAGUUAAACUCA